UCUAGUUUCUUGGCUAUCCUAACCACUAUCCAGAGUUCUUAUCGGCUAGGCCUCAGUCUCCUCCAAAAUGGAAACAUUAAUGGCCAAGUUAAUGGUUCUGAUUCUUUUCCUAUCCAUGAUUGCACCAAAAAGGGUGUUUGCUGAAUAUGAGCAAUGGUGCAUAGCUGAUCCGCAAAGCAGCGACGAUGAGUUGCAGGCAGCGCUGAAUUGGGCUUGUGGAAGUGGAGGUGCAGAUUGUAGCAAAAUCCAAGGGAACCAACCAAGCUAUUAUCCAAACACUUUGAAAGACCAUGCUUCGUAUGCCUUCAACAGCUAUUUUCAGAAGUUCAAGCACAGAGGUGGUUCUUGUUUCUUCAGAGGUGCUGCCAUUACAACAGAAGCAGAUCCUAGUCAUGGUUCUCGCCACUUUGACUUGAUUCCCUAAUUGGAACUGUCACUGAAGACUCAAAAAUAGCUGCAGCAGAAUCUACAGCUUAGAUUUUAUUAUUUUCCUUUCUUUUUAUUGAGGCUGUGUAAAUUGUAAUCCCCAUCAAGAAUUGUGCUCUUGCCUCUAUUCUUAAUUAAUUGAGUUUAAUCUCAGUCUAAGACUGAGAAAGUUAUUAAAUCUUAUGCAGAUUAGUGUCCAAUAUGAAAGAGCUUAAUGAUAUGUUGCAAAAUAACAUUUGAGAUUUCAUAGCCAGUAUGCAGCUGCAUGGGAGUUUACUUUAAAUACGGGGGAAAUGAAAAGAUUGAAAGACAAUAAGAGUUCAGGGAAGCUUCACAACUAACAAGGAUUCCCUUUGAAAGAUGAAAAUCAGAACCAUUUCAGUUUAGGAAUAAAUCAACAUCAAUGCACAUAUAUAAUUACAAAAAAAAAAAAGGGAAACAAUGAUAGAUCCGACAAGCCACAUAUAACAGCCAUCUAGUCACCGAAAAUGCCCAAAAACAAGCAACGGCAAAGAAAACACUUAGGUGCGGGUAAAGCAGAAUAAAGAAUCACAAUCAUGUGAAUAUUUAAAAGCAUUAAUAUGGAAUGGAAACAUGAUCGGGAAGAUGGUAACAAAACACAAGUUAAAAAGAAAGAGAUACAAACGGAAUUUAUGAUGUCUAAC